AUGCUAUAAGAUUCGGUUGUUGAUGAUUUUUCUGUAAAAAUAAAUAAAAGUAACAAAAAAAAGUGUUGUGUUUGUUGAGAUUAAUUAAACUUUAUUAGUUCAUAUCUAUCUAAAGAAGAAUACGAUAUAAAAUCGUUUGAAAAAUGUGCCAAUUACCGACGCGUUCGCUUUCAAUACUCCAAAAAUUAGCCAAAUGAAGAAACACCACAUUCGGAAAUGAAUGACAACAACAAUAGUUUCUCCAGCUACGAUGGUUACUAUUGCAACAAUAACUUUCAGUUUACAGAUUUAACAACCCCUCUGGAUGGUCACUCCUCGAAUCACUACUUCAGUUCAAUAACCGAGGGAUUCGCAUCGCCACAACCAUUUUUAUCGGCGUCAUUGGUGGAAACACCUCCAGCUGCCGCAGCUCCUCUACAUAACUUACAUUCCAAUAAUAAUCUACUUCCUUUUGUACAAAUUCACACCACAAAUGCUCAACCGACAAAUAAUAACUUUGGCAACAUCUUCCGCCGACAACAAAAUCAUGCAGAAAUCAAAUCCGAGGAGCCUAUCAAGUCAGAACAGUCUGAUGCUACGGCAACGGUUGGCGGUGGUACUGCUCAGCAACAAAAUCCAAGGAAUAGCACACCUUCCAACUGUCAAGCUAGUGCGGGGAACGUGACACCAACAACUCCGCCGCUGCCACCAGUGCUCCAUGCUCAACAGGCCCAAUCCACUGCCCAGCCGGUGGUGCAAAAGUGCAGCCAGUGUCCGUUUUUAUGCCUGCAAGCUGACACCUUGGAGAAACAUGUUGGCUCGGUUCAUUUCAGAAACAACGAACCAUCGGAGUAUCAAAGUAGAAAGAUACCCUGUCCCGGUUGUGAAAAUGUUUUCUUUGCCAAGGAGUCGCUGGAAGUUCAUCUCAUAAGUGACCAUUUGAUGGUCAGAGAAGAAGCAGUCCAACUUUUGCCAGAUCUGCUGGAAGACCAACCCAGAAAAAGUAGAAUAUAUCUGAAAAAUGUGGAGUUUCUGCGAGAACCUCACAGACAACAGGAGACAAUUUUAAGCUUGGACGAGCAGGGUUUCUGUAGCGCCUUCCAAAACACCGACACCAAUUUGAUAAACAUGAUUUGUGAUAACAACAAUCUGAUGACUGAGAAUCAUCCCCAACCUGGUGACGACGUAACGACGCAAUCAGAAAAGCAAAAGAUUUCCAUCAAAAGUGUCGAUGUGCUGCGAGAGCCAACUCUUAUGCGAAAAGAUGAACAAAAUAGCUUCGAUUUCCUGCCUCCUCAAGCUCCGAAUGAUCACCAAAGUGAUAUUCUUUGUUUGAACGAUGGCGACAUAAAUCGCUAUCCCAACUUUGUGCCUCAAUCAGAUUUAGCGGAUCUCUGUCAGGAGCAAGACCAACAUCAUCAUCAGCAGCAGCUCGAAAAUCAACCUUCGGAAAAACCCCGACGACCCAAGAUUUACAUAAAAAACGUAGAUAUCCUCAAGGAACCGAUAUUCCUUCCACCGGACAACCUGACCAACGUUUUGAAUGUAAACGAUGAUCUGCAUUUCAAUUUACUGCCCACCAACGAGGAUGAGUUUCAAGGCUCGAAAUUCAUAGAAGGUAUCAAUAAUGAGUACUCCUUCGAUUGUGGAGGGAAUAAUUUUGUAGACUGUGCUAAUUUCCUGCUUCCAUCGGAGGAGUCGAGCUUCCUGCAGCAGGAACUCCCCAAGAGUAAGAUCUAUAUAAAAAAUGUCGACAUCCUGAAGCAGCCCCAGUUCCAGGAGCAUCCCAGGAGAUCAACAAAUUUCCUCCAUCUCCGCACGGUGGAUGAAUUGAAUUUGAUGAAUAAGAAUGAAGUUGAGAAUCUCAUAGCUCCGAAUCUGGAACCAAACAUGACCAACACACAGCAUUUGGUGACGAACUCAUCGGAGAAUUCCAAGAACUCUGAAGAGGUGUGUGGUUUCCGAAUGAUGAACCAGGACUCGAAUUCCUUUAACAAACCCACAGACUUUCCCAACACUCAACCGACCAUAAGUUGGACGAAUGACUAUGUUCUGGAUGGCCUGGACGCCAUCAUCGAUUCGAAUUCGUGCAGUGAACAAAAGAAUCGACACUACGAUCUCAACACCCCACAGAUAUCGAUUAUCGAUGAGGUCAAUGACGUGGCUCCUGACACCCAUGAUCCUGAAAUCUUAUUCGUUUGUGCUGAGGAAUUGAUAAACGACAAUCGGGACAAGGAAGAUGGUAUGAAUAGCGAUCCCAAAGAGAGCGAGCAAAGGUCUUUCGAAAUCGUGGAGAUCAUCGAUGAUUUAGAGCGAGAUCAGCCAAGUAGGGAAUCUCAACCAGAACCGAUUGUUUCGAGUUCAAAUUCCACAGAUAUUGGAGGAGUUGAUAAGGAAAGAGAGGUGUCAGCAGCGAUUGAUGUGGAUUUGGUGGUUGUGGCGCAUGAAAAGGGAAGAAUCUACGUGUCGGAUAAUUUGAUGGAAGUCGAUAAGGAUGGUGGCGGAGGAGUUAGCCAAGAACAAAGUGAAAUACUCGAUGAAGGGAAUAAGACCAAGCCAAAACCCCGAGGACGGCCGUUUGGAUCGAAUCGUACGGGGAUUACAAAACUACGGAAGAUGUAUGGCAACACCACCUCAGUGGAAACAGGGACAAAAUGCAACUUCGAGGGCUGCUCGUUCCGCUUCAAGAAGCCCGAUGUCUCAGACUAUCACAAAAGAUGCCAUAAUACUGACGACUCCCGGCUCAUGGUGUGUCCUGAGUGUAAAUCGACGAACUUCUCCAACUGGAACACUCUACACACCCAUCUCUGGCGCACCCACAAGAUCGACAUGGAACUGCACAGUUGCGAGCUGUGCAACUUCAAAACCCCAAUCUAUUCGAGGCUAGUGAACACCCACAGUAAGAUACAUUCCGAGGAGCGCAACUACAAGUGCGACCAAUGCGAGAAGGCCUUCAAGAACAGCAAACAGCUAAAGAAUCACCGUCGCUGGCAUCGGACAAUUGCCAUAGCGCCCCCUCCGGAUGUGCAUCGUUGCGAAGAAUGUGGCUCGGCUUUCUCCCAUCUGAAAUCUUUGCGGGAGCACUUCUGCAAGGGUGGCGAUUUGUUUUGUUGUGAAAUAUGCGGGAAGACGCUCUCGUCGAAGUCAUCUCUCAAGCUGCAUAUGCUGACCCAUGAAUCGGCGAAGAAGUUCAAGUGCAAUUCAUGUGAUUAUAUGGCGAAUGAUCACAAUGCCUUCCGGAGGCAUCGAAUGACUCACGACAAGAGCAAGAUGUAUAUUUGUCCGUUGUGUGACUAUAAGUCAAUUCAAAGUGUCGCAUUUCAGAAACACAUCAAACUGAAGCAUCCAGAGUCAGCGGAUACGAUAGUUCAUACGUGUAAAUUUUGUCCCUUCGCCACAAUCAAUGUCGGGCUAUUGACGGUGCACUUAGCCAAACAUAAGCUUCGUGAUGAGCACGAAGGACAAAAGGAAAAGACUAAACAAACAGCCACCACAGUGAAUCCUUCCACUGAAACUUCUUUAUCAAUGGCUGAGGAAUAUUUCUAUAAUUCCGAUAGUAAUAAUGUUAGUAGUUCGAAUUCAAUUGCAUCAUCGACUACAUCAUCAGCGCCAAGUGCAAUUCUUCUUCCUGCUGUUGCUGUUGCUGUUUCUGUUAACCCAACAAAUUCGGAGCAACAAGAAAACUAUAACAACAACAAUAAGACAAUUGAUAGUUCAAAUAUUAUAGAGACUGAUAAUAACCAGCAACCUAGAAAUAAAAUUAAAGUUAAGAGUGAUUUAGUAUUAACCGAUCCGGCAAAGAAAUUCUCAUCGAACGUUGUGAGUCCAUUGUUAUUGCAUUGUUUCGAUGGUGCUGUAAGAUGAAAAUAAAAAUAUACCGUUAUUAUUUAAGGGAAAUAUCUUAUA